CUUCUCUCUCUGUUUCACCUUUAAGAACUGGCAAGACGAAGACCAAACUAACUUUUGGUAUCAGAAAUGAGAGAGCUUAAGCACUUGAAGACAUCAAGAGCCAUCCAUGGCCUCCCGUUGGAUAUAGUAGGUACAUACAUUCUCAUCUCAAUGCUCCUCGUCAUGGAUAUCUUCGAGAAACUGACUGGAACAACUACUAACCCAGAUUCCUCUCUUCUGAUCCCUUUUGGGUAUGGCGUCUCGGGUCGGGUUCAGUGGUGCAGCAUCUAAGCUCGGUUAUCAAUCUUCAAUAAAAUAUAAUGUAUCGUUAUUAUUAUUAAUUUUUUUUUUGCCGACAAUUUAUCAUCCCUUUAUUAUUAUUUUAGAAACAUUAUUAUUAACUAACCUUAUUCUCA